CUGGGAAGUGGGCAGAGUCAGGCAUCUGCCGACUCUCCACUUCUGCUUUCUCCAGGAAAUGAGCAGAAACCCUGUGAUUCAUAGUGAAACACAGUUAAAGACUGAAGAUUCUGAGCUGGGUCCUCUUCCCCUAAGCCUGAGGGGGAGGUAUGGGGGCGCCCAUGCCAUCUGACAUCUGCAGGCCCUGACGGAUACACUCCAGAUUUGCUUUGCUGAGGCAUGGAGGCGAAAGAUGUCUCAGAGGCUGAAGACAGAGCUGAGGAUCCAGGUUCCAAAAAUAAAAGCCAGCCUGAUGCUGCACAACCUGAUUUCCCACCAGGAGGGCAGACCCCCGGCCCCACUGCCCUCUGGGAGAUGCUGGAAAGGAAGUUUCUGGAAUACCAGCAAUUGGCUCUCAGGAGCCCGGCUGAACAACAGAAGAGCCUGUUGAAUCUUCUCCCACUGUUCCUAAAGGCCUGGGAACACUCCGUGGGGAUCAUCUGCUUUCCCAGUCUUCAAAGUCUGGCUGAAGAGGUUUCCAACCAGUUUGCCCAAGAAAUACAGAAGGCACUUGUGGGAAAGCCUGCAGAGCAAGCACGGGUAGCAGCUGGGAAGCUGCUGCAAUGGAAGGGAGAUGCGAACGUGGAUCAGGAUGGUUACCUACUCCUGAAGUCGGUGUAUGUGCUCACGGGGACAGAUUCCGAGACGCUGGGCAGAGUUGCUGAGUCUGGGCUCCCAGCCCUGCUCCUCCAGUGCCUUUACCUGUUCUUUGUUUUUCCUCUGGAAACGGAUGAGCUUUUAGAGAGUGAUGUUCAAGUUCAAAGGAUGCUUGUGCAGAUGUUGCUCAACAUUUGCGGAGAGGCUCAGAGUCUGGAGGGACUUCUCUCAGGAAAUGAACUCCAGUCUCUCAUGAUUGCCACGACAUGUCUUCGAGAGCACAGCUGCUGCUUUUGGAAGGAGCCUACCUUCUGUGUGCUGAAGACCAUCUCCAAAGCCCAGAACAUCGGCGUCAUCCAAUACCUGCAGGCCAUGGAUUGCAUCAAGAUCUCCCUUCAGAACCUCUCCAGGCUUGUUGACACCCUCCCCGCUCCUGAGGUGAGCGAGGUAGUGAACCUCGUCUUGGGCUUUGUGAAGGACUCCUAUCCCAUCUCCUCAGCUCUGUUCCUGGAGUUUGAGACCGGGGAGGGCUACCCUCUGCUGCUCAAAGUGUUACUUCGGUACGACGGACUGACCCAGAGCGAGGCUGACCCCCACCUGGAGGAGCUCCUUGGGCUGGUGGUGUGGCUGACAACCUGUGGGAGGUCAGAGCUGAAGGUGUUCGACAGCAUCACUUACCCGCAGCUUGAAGGCUUCAAGUUCCAUCAUGAGGCUUCCGGGGUGACUGUGAAGAAUCUUCAGGCCUUUCAAGUCCUGCAGAAUGUUUUCCACAAAGUCAGCGACCCUAUCCUCUGCACCAAAGUCCUGUCGUGCAUCAGGACCAUGUGGACCUGGAAUGCCCGCAACUUCUUCCUCCUGGAGUGGACCCUGCAGCCCAUCUCGCAGUUCGUGGAGAUCGUGCCCCUGAAGCCAACCCUGGUGCAGAGGCACUUCUUCCAGAUGCUGGAGGCCCUGGUGUUCGAGCUGCGUUACGUGCCCCAUGAGAUCCUGCGGAAGGUGCAGCGCCUGAUCCAGGACAGCCCGGAGUCGCUGUGUACCCUUGUGGCCCUGCAGAGCAUCCUCAGGAUUGCCGGUGGCGACCCGCUCUUCACUGACAUUUUCCGGGACUCGGGGCUCCUGGGUCUGCUGCUGGCCCAGCUGCGGAAGCACGCCAAGAUCCUGAGGAAGUCAGGAAACAAAGAGGUCAAUCCUGGAGUUCAAGAUACAGAAAGAGAACUGACUUGUGUGAUGCUGAAAACGGUGGUCACGCUUCUGAAAGGGUCAGUUAGGAAUGCAGUUGUCCUGAAAGACCACGGCAUGGUGCCCUUCAUCAAGAUCUUCCUGGAUGGUGAGUGCUACCGGGCAGCCUCGCUCAGCAUCUUGGAGCAGCUCUCAGUCAUCAAUGCCGAGGAGUACAUGAGCAUCAUUGUAGGCGCUUUGUGCUCGUCCACUCAAGGGGAAAUACAGCUGAAACUGGACCUCCUGAAGUCUCUGCUCCGGAUCCUGGAGACCCCCAAAGGCCGCGCUGCUUUCAGAGUCUCCAGUGGGUUCAACGGGCUGCUGUCCCUUCUCUCUGACCUGGAGGGCUCUCUCCAGGAGCCCCCACUGCAGACGUGGGGGGCAGUGUCCCCCAGCCAGACCCUGGACCUCGUCCUGCACACGCUCUGUGCUUUGUCUGCCGCACUGUACCUGGACCCAGUCAACGGUGACUUCUUUAGGAGGACCGGGCUCUUUGAGAAGCUGGCCGAGGACCUCUGCUUGCUGGGCUGUUUUGGGGCCCUGGAGGAAGAGGACGCCCCUCCGCCCUCCCAGGAGGACACCAAGGCCAGGCUGUUUGCUGAUCUGCUGAGUGAGGCCUUUUCCUCUGCCAGCCUGUUCCCACCCAAGAUCCAGAGCUGCCUGCAGAUCCUCAGCUUUCUGGACAGCAUGGCCCGAGGCACCCUCCACCUGCGCAGGGACCUGAAGGACGCUCCGAGGACCAGGCAGGAGCUAGCGGUGGACCCUCAGAGGGCAGAACCUGGCAGUGACCCCCAGGGAAGCUUCAAGCAGUGGCCAGACCUGGAAGAGAGGACAGAUGACAGUGAUGCUGUGAUCAUGCACCCCGGGGUCCUGUGCAUCAUGGUGAGGCUGCUGCCUCGCUUGUACCACGAAGACCACCCUCAGCUUUCCAGGGAGAUCCAGUGCUCCAUGGCCAGUCACAUCCAGUCCAUGGUGAAGUCGGAGAAGAACCGUCAGGUCAUGUGUGAGGCGGGGAUGCUCAGGACCCUCAUGACUUCUUGCCACAAGGCCCUGACCACCAGCAGCAGCCCCUUGCACUCGGGCCUCAUCAGGAUUUUUGAAAAGCUUGCUUCCCAGGCCAUCGAACCAGACGUGUUAAGACAGUUUCUAGGCCUUGGAAUUGCUUCACCUCCAUCGACUGCAACGAAAAUACUCAGUUCAUCUCACGUGCAUGGAGGGGACUCUGGAUGCCCAGGGUCACAGACAGCGAUGCCAGUGCCUGCUGAGGGUUCUGCAGUGGCCCCCGGGGAUGCCGGCCCUCACCCAGCAAGCACACAGGCCCUCAGGCCCAUGGGGCCAUCCCAGACCUCGACCACCACCCUUCAGACAGCACUGAGCCUCAUCUCCAUGACCUCCCCCCGCAACCUGCAGCCUCAGAGAGCGGCCCUGGCUCCAUCCUUCGUGGAAUUCGACAUGUCCGUGGAAGGUUACGGCUGUUUGUUUGUUCCGACUCUGGCUACGGUGAUGGGAACCAGCACUGAGUACUCAGUCUCUGGAGGGAUUGGGACAGGUGCUGCCAGGUCCUUCCCUCCACCCGGGGGCCUGACCUUCUCCUGCUGGUUCCUGAUCAGCAGGCACAGCGCAGCCACGGAGGGCCAUCCACUGCGCUUCCUGACCCUGGUGCGCCACCUGGCCAGGACCGAGCAGCCCUUCAUCUGCUUCUCUGUCAGCCUCUGCCCGGAAGACCUCUCCCUGGUUGUGUCUACAGAAGAGAAAGAGUUUCAGCCCCUGGAUGUCAUGGAACCCGAGGAUGACCCUGAGCCUUCUGCGGGACGCCAGCUUCGGGUCAGGUGUGGCCAGCUGCUGGCUUGUGGUCAGUGGCACCACCUGGCUGUGGUCGUCACCAAGGAAAUGAAAAGGAAUUGUACAGUCUUCACCUACCUGGAUGGACAGGUCAUCGGCUCAGCCAAGAUGUUGUACAUUCAGGCCUUACCAGGACCAUUCCUUUCAAUGGAUCCAUCCUCAUUUGUGGAUGUUUAUGGAUAUAUUGCUACCCCUCGAGUUUGGAAACAAAAGUCAUUACUAAUAUGGCGUCUGGGCCCCACGUACUUCUUUGAAGAAGCCAUCUCAAUGGAAACUCUGGAAGUUAUUAACAAACUUGGCCCAAGAUACUGUGGUAACUUCCAGGCUGUGCACAUCCAAGGAGAGGAUCCUGGUGUGGAAGUGACGCCCCUGGUUGCAGAGGAAAAGGUUUCUUUCGGCCUUCACAUAGCCAGCUCCUCCGUUACCAGAGUUGCAGACAUUAGAAGGACGUACAAUGAGGUGGACAGCCGUCUGAUUGCCAAAGAGAUGAACAUUUCAUCCCGUGACAGUGCCGUGCCUGUGUUCUUGCUAAGAAACUGUGCUGGUCACCUCUCGGGUUCUCUUCGAACCAUUGGAGCUGUUGCUGUGGGCCAAUUAGGGGUCAGGCUGUUCCACUCCAGCCCUGCCGCCAGCAGCCUGGACUUCAUUGGCGGGCCUGCCAUCCUCCUGGGCCUCAUUUCCUUAGCAACGGACGACCACAGCAUGUACGCGGCUGUCAAAGUCCUGCACUUGGUUCUGACCAGCAACGUCAUGUGUGACCGCCUGAUGCAGCACAUCUGUGGGUACGAGAUAAUGGCAUUUCUCCUGAGGAAAAAGACCUCUUUUCUGAACCAUCGCAUUUUUCAGCUGAUCCUGUCUAUCACUGGCACUGCAGAACUGGGCUUUGGGCCCUCCGUAAUCACCAACGUUGGUGUCUUUCAGCACAUCCUCUGCAAUUUCGAGCUCUGGAUGAAUGCAGCCGACAAUUUGGAGCUCUCUCUCUUUUCCCAUCUAGUGGAAAUCCUUCAGUCAACAAGGGAAGGACCCCGGAAUGCUGAAGUUGCUCACCAGGCACAGCUUAUUCCCAAACUCGUCUUCCUCUUCAACGAGCCAGGCCUCACCCCCUCCAAGAUGUCCACCAUCAUUGCCAUCCUGGGCUGUCAGCUGAGGGGCCACUUCAGCCUCCAGGACUUGCUUAGAAUCGCGCUGUUCGUGGUGUACACCCUCAAGCCUUCGUCGCUGGACGAGAAGCAGAUCUGUGUGGACAGAGCCCCAGACCCUUCCCUGCCCGCUGGAAGCCAAACAUCUGGAAAGACAAUCUGGCUCAGAAACCAGUUGCUGGAGAUGCUGCUCAGCGUAAUAUCUUCUUCCCAACUUCAUCUGUCCUCUGAGACAAAGGAAGAGAUGUUUCUGAACCUGGGGUCCGACUGGUUCCUGCUCUUCGUGCAGGGCCACAUGCACCCCAGCACAGUGGUGCUGGGCUUGAGGCUGCUGCUGCACUUUUUGUCAAGCCCCUCCCUCCGAGGGCGAUUUAAAGACGGCCUGCCUGCAGGCUCCUGGGUGGAACGCAGCUCCGAGGGCAUGGACAUCGUGAUGGAUAACCUGAAGAGCCAUCCUCCAACGCCUGACCAGAGCCCCUGCCUGCUUCCUGGGUUCCGGGUCUUGAGCGACUUUUUGGCCCACCAUGUUCAUAUUCCAGAAGUCUACCUCAUCGUGUCCACCUUCUUCCUCCAGACACCACUCACAGAGCUGACGGACGGGCCCAAGGACAGCCUGGACGCCAUGCUUCAGUGGCUGUUGCAUAAACACCACAGGGAAGAAGUCCUCCGGGCAGGGCUGUGCGCUGAAGGCGCCCUGCUGCUCCUAGAGAUGCUGAAAGCCACCAUGAGCCAGAUCUCAAGUCCUCUGGCUCCUAUGCAGCCCCGAGUCAUGCCCCCACAUGCUGCCUCUCAUGAAGCAUGUCUGCAGCCCUCGACAGGUUCUGGAGACAGUGCCUGGGAGCGGACGUUCCCGGCCAGUAUUCUGCAGUUCCUUGGCCUCGUGCACAGCACCUACCCCCAGGAUCCAGCCUGGCGGGCCCCGGAGUUCCUCCAGACCUUGGCCGCAGUCACCUUCCCCCUGGGAACCCAGAAGGGGGCCGUGACUGAGUCUGCCCAGAGCACCAGCAGCCCUGAGGCCGAGGCUGAAGGUGGCUACGCUGCGGAGGGUCUACAGGCUCCUGCCGAGUCACAUCCCACCCGGAAGCAGCUGAAGGAGUUCAUGCAGCUACUCUUGAGGGAGUUCUUGCUUGGGGCUCCAAACCCCAAGCAGUGGGUGCCCCUGGAGGUGCUCUUGGAGGCUUCUCCAGACAAUGCCACCACUCAACAGAAGCGGGACUUUCAGUCUGAGGUCUUGCUUUCCACCAUGGAACUAUUUCACGUGAUGAGUGGAGGUGGAGGUCAUGCAUCGAUGCUGAGAGGCAGUAGAGAGCCUCAGCCGGAUGCAGAAGCUGCUGCUGCUCCUUCCCUUGCCAACAUCUCCCAUUUCAUCCAGAAGCUGGUGGAGAAGCUGUACAGUGGAAUGUUCUCGGCAGACCCCAGACACAUCCUUCUCUUCAUCACGGAGCACAUCAUGGUGGUCAUCGAGAACGCCUCUUCUCAGAAGGACAGUGCCAUCAGCGCGCUGUACAGCAGUCUAAAUAAAGUCAUCCUUUACAGCCUCUCCAAGCCCCACCAGUCCCUGUCCGAAUGCCUCAGCCUCCUCAGCACCCUGGGCUUUCUUCAGGAGCACUGGGACAUUCUAUUUGCCACCUAUAAUUCCAAUGCCAGCUUCCUCAUGUGUCUCAUGCAUUGUCUGCUGCUGCUCAGUGCAAGAAGUUAUCCAGAAGGAUUUGGAUUGGAACCCAAGCCUAGAAUAACUCCUUAUCAUCAAGUCUUCCUUUCUCCAAAUGAAGAAGUGAGAGAAAAAAGAGGGGAAGAAUUCCCAAGCUUGAGCGAUGUUCAGCACAAUAUCCAGAAGACUGUACGGAUUCUCUGGCAGCAGCUCGUGGCACAGAGGCGGCAGGAACUGGAGGAUACCUUCAAAAUCGAUCUGUCUGUGAAACCUGGAGAGAGUGAAGUGAAGAUUGAGGAGAUCACCCCACUCUGGGAAGAGACAAUGCUCAAGGCCUGGCAGCAUUACCUAGCAUCUGAAAAGAAGUCACUGGCCAGUCGCUCAAACGUUGGACACCACAGCAAAGUUUCUUCAUGGAGUGGCAGCUUGUCCUCAGCCAUGAGGCUGAUGCCUGGGCGGCAGACCAAGGACCCUGAGUGCAAAGCAGAGGACUUUGUGUCAUGUAUUGAGAACUACAGACGAAGAGGACAAGAACUAUAUGCGUCUCUAUACAAAGAUCAUGUACAGAGACGGAGAUGUGGCAACAUCAAGGCGGCCAGUGCGUGGACCAGAAUCCAGGAGCAGCUUUUUGGGGAGUUGGGCUUAUGGCAUCAGAUGGCAGAAGCCACACCCUGCUCCCUGUGGGAAUUGGAUUGGAGAGAAGGACCGGCUCGUAUGCGGAAGCGCAUCAGACGCUUAUCUCCACUGGAGGCCCCGAAUCAAGAAAGGCUCAAGGAAAGCCAAGACAGAAACGGCAAUGUUUCUCAAAUAAACACUGAACACCAAGAUGAGCUGACACCGAAGGAAGGUGAGAGCGAGAGAGACGAGGUGGUGGACUGCACCCAGCUGACCUUCUUCCCCGCCUUGCAUGAAAGCCUGCACUCCGAAGAUUUCUUAGAACUAUGUCAGGAAAGACAAGUCAUCUUACAAGAGCUUCUUGAUCAUGAAAAGGUGACGCAGAAGUACUCCCUGGUCAUCGUGCAGGGCCACCUGGUCUGCGAAGGGCUCCUGCUCUUCGGCCAGCAGCACUUCUACAUCUGUGAGAACUUCACGCUCUCUCCCGUGGGUGAUGUCUACUGCACCCGCCACUGCUUAUCCAACAUUAGCGACCCAUUCAUCUUCAACAUGUGCAGCAAAGACAGGUCCUCUGACCAUUACUCGUGCCAGCGCCACAGCUACGGCGACCUCAGAGAGCUCCGGCAGGCCCGCUUCCUCCUGCAGGACAUUGCCCUGGAGGUCUUUUUCCAAAAUGGAUAUUCCAAGUUUCUUGUCUUCCACAACAGUGAUCGGAGUAAGGUAUUCAAAAGCUUCUGCUCUUUCCAACCCAGCUUGAAAGGAAAAGGCUUCACGGAGGACACGCUCAAUCUAAGAGGAAAGCAGUUGUCUUCAGAGUCAAGGCCUGGAGUCAAGGUGUGGAAAAGGAGGUACCCCAGCUCCGACAGGACCAUGCUGCAGAAGUGGCAGAAAAGAGACAUCAGCAACUUUGAGUACCUCAUGUACCUCAACACCCUGGCUGGGAGGACCUACAAUGACUACAUGCAGUACCCGGUGUUCCCCUGGGUCCUGGCCGACUACACCUCACAGACACUGAACCUGAUGAAUCCCAAGACUUUCCGCGAUCUUUCUAAGCCCAUGGGAGCUCAGACCAAGGAAAGGAAGCUGAAAUUCAUCCAGAGGUUUAAAGAGGUUGAGAAGACUGAAGGAGACAUGACCGUCCAGUGCCACUUCUGCACCCACUACUCCUCGGCCAUCAUUGUCGCCUCCUACCUGGUCCGGAUGCCACCCUUCACCCAGGCCUUCUGCUCUCUGCAGGGUGGAAGCUUCGAUGUGGCAGAUAGAAUGUUCCACAGUGUGAAGAAUGCGUGGGAAUCAGCCUCCAGAGAGAACAUGAGUGAUGUCAGAGAGCUGACCCCAGAGUUCUUCUACCUGCCUGAGUUCCUGACCAAUUGCAACGCCCUGGAGUUUGGCUGCAUGCAGGACGGAACAGCACUGGGCGAUGUUCAGCUCCCUCCCUGGGCUGAUGGAGACCCCCGGAAAUUCAUCAGCCUGCACAGACAAGCUUUGGAAAGUGAUUUUGUCAGUGCCAACCUGCACCACUGGAUAGACCUCAUUUUUGGGUACAAGCAGCAGGGCUCAGCCGCAGUGGAGGCUGUUAACACCUUCCAUCCCUACUUCUAUGGUGACAAAGUGGACCUCAGCAGCAUCAGCGACCCUCUGAUCAGAAGCACCAUCCUGGGGUUCGUCAGCAACUUUGGACAGGUGCCCAAACAGCUCUUUACUAAACCCCAUCCGGCCAGGACUGCCGCAGGGAAGCCUUCCCCAGGGAAGGACGUCUCCACGCCUGCCAGCCUGCCCGGGCACCCGCAGCCCUUCUUGUACAGCCUGCAGUCGCUGAGGCCCUCCCAGGUCACAGUCAAAGAUAUGUACCUCUUCUCUCUAGGCUCAGAAUCCCCCAAAGGAGCCAUCGGCCACAUCGUUCCUACGGAGAAAACCAUCCUGGCCGUGGAGACAAACAAGAUGCUGCUGCCUCCACACUGGAGCAGGACCUUCAGCUGGGGCUUUGACGACUUCAGCUGCUGCCUGGGCAACUACGGCUCGGACAAGAUCUUAGUGACGUUCGAGAACUUGGCCGCCUGGGGCCGCUGUCUCUGUGCCGCGUGCCCGUCCCCCACGACCAUCGUCACCGCCGGGACCAGCGCCGUGGUGUGUGUUUGGGAGCUCAGCAUGACCAAAGGCCGCGCCACAGGCCUGCGCCUCAAGCAGGCCUUGUACGGACACACGCAGGCUGUCACAUGCCUGGCAGCAUCAGUCACCUUCAGCCUCCUGGUGAGUGGCUCGCAAGACUGCACGUGCAUCCUGUGGGACCUGGACCACCUCACCCAUGUAGCCCGCCUGCCUGCCCACAGGGACGGCGUAUCUGCUGUUGCCAUCAGCGACAUCUCGGGCACCAUCGUCUCCUGUGCGGGAGCCCACUUGUCCCUGUGGGAUGUCAACGGACAGCCAUUGGCCAGCAUUACCACGGCCUGGGGCCCAGAAGGAGCCAUCACCUGCUGCUACGUGGUGGAGGGGCCAGCGUGGGACACAAGCCAUGUCAUCAUCACUGGCAGUCGGGAUGGCAUGGUCCGGAUCUGGAAGACUGAAGAUGUGAAGAUGUCCGUUCCCGGGCAGGCAGCGCCAGAGGAGCCAUGGGCUCCAUCAUCUCCAAGCCCCAGAGUUCACCGGUGGGAGAAGAAUCUUGCCCUUUGCAGAGAGCUGGACGUCAGCGUGGCUUUGACAGGGAAGCCCAGCAAGGCCAGCUCUGCCGUGACAGCCCUGGCCGUGUCCAGAAACCAGACCAAACUCCUGGUCGGCGAUGAGAAGGGAAGAAUAUUCUGCUGGUCCGCAGAGGGGUAGGAGACAGGAGCCAGUGGAGGCUCUGGCAUGGCAGCCAUGUGCCCCAACAGGCAGCAGGACCAAGUGGAGGGCUCAGACGCAGUGCCUGGGACGCAAAAGAAGCCCCCAAGGCCUCCCUUCCAACAGGUCCCCAAAGAGGAGGCCACAGGCCGCUGGAGCUCCAUACCCUGAACUUUGGCCUCGGAUUACACAGGAUACGCAUCAAUAAAACAGAUACACAUGUGCAUCGGGGCCCAUAAGCAGCAUGCUGGAAACUGGCUCAGGGGUGCCAACCAGCACUCACAGUUACACACGACUCACCUUUCAAAGGGCUUAUUGCACUGAGAAAACAUUGGGUGGCUUACUGGAAACUAACGGGGAAUAUGGGAUUGUUAUUUUAUUAAAACAACUAUUUUCCAGAUACAA